UCAACGUGUGGACAUGAAAUUGUCUGUUGUGUCCAAGAAGUUGUGGUGUGUUCACAAAGUGUUGGUGCUCCUGAUCACGCCACUGCUUUUUUCGCCUUUACUCGUGACCUUGCCAGAAAAGGAAGGAAGAUGUCUUUACGUGGUGGUGCUCAUGGCCACGUUUUGGUGCACAGAGGCCCUCCCUCUGGCCGUCACCGCAAUGCUACCCAUCUGCCUUUUUCCAACGCUGGGGAUCAUUCCAUCCAAAAAACUCUGUCCUCAGUACUUUCUGGAAACCAACUUUCUCUUCUUAAGCGGCCUGGUGCUGGCGUCGUCCAUUGAGGAGUGGGGCCUCCAUCGCAGAAUAGCAUUGAAGGUCCUCACCAUCGCCGGAGUAAAACCAGCCCGGCUCAUAUUGGGCAUGAUGACGACCUCGUCCUUCCUGUCCAUGUGGCUCAGCAACACGGCCACGACAGCCAUGAUGCUCCCCAUCGCCAACGCCAUCCUGGAGAGUCUCUUUGGUGAUCUGGAGAGCCUCAAACAAAAAUGCAAGUCAACUGAGGAUGGUGACAGUGAAGUCAUCAAUGGUCAGCCUACUCAGAUGCAUUCACUGCCUUCGGUGGCCUCAGAGAAACAAAUAUUAUCACUUGAGGGGAUGGGCGCAGCAGAACAGACUGACCUGAGGACAGCCAAGGAGAUCCGAUCCGAGUCGGAGGAUCAGAUGAGAGUGUGGAAAGGGUUCCUUGUCUGUAUUCCUUAUGCGGCCAGCAUUGGAGGAACCGCCACACUGACCGGAACUGCACCAAACCUUAUCCUCAUUGGACAGCUCAAAAACAAUUUCCCGGAGUGUGAUGUUAUCAAUUUUGGCUCUUGGUUUGCAUUUGCGUUCCCGCUCAUGCUCAUCUUCCUUCUUUUGGGAUGGAUUUGGAUCGCGUUCCUCCACGGAGGGUUGAACACACGCUUGUGCUUCAAGAAAUGUGACCAAAGAACAGAGGAAGAGGCCAAAGCUCAGGCUCUCAUUGAAGAGGAUUACAGAAAACUUGGGCCCUUAAAUUUUGCACAGGGAGCCAUCUCUUUCUUCUUUGUAUUGUAUGCCGUUCUCUUGUUCACAAGGGAUCCGAAAUUUGUCACAGGCUGGUCUGUGUUUUUUAAGAAGGGUUAUGUGUCAGACACAGUCACCGGUGUGAUCAUUGUGUCCAUAUUAUUUUUCUUCCCCUCACAGAAACCUUCUCUUAGCUGGUGGGCGGACCCUAAAGCUUCAAAUUCUCCGUAUGUGCCUCUCCUAUCAUGGAAGAAAGCCCAGGAGGCGGUUCCUUGGAAUAUCAUUUUGUUGCUCGGAGGCGGCUUUGCCAUGGCUCAAGCAUGCGAGGAUUCUGGCCUCGCCUCCUGGAUCGGAGGCCACCUACAGCCUUUGGCCAAGGUCCCACCUGCUGUGGCCAUGAUGUUGAUCACAGCCUUUGUGGCCUGUUUCACAGAGUUAGCCAGCAACACCGCCACCAUUAUCAUAUUUUUACCAGUUAUUGCUGAACUGGCGUCUCAUGUGUCCGUGAAUCCUUUGUACUUCAUGAUCCCUGCAACAGUUGGGAGUUCGUACGCUUUUAUGCUGCCCGUGUCGACGCCACCAAACUCUAUCGCCUUUGCAUCCGGUCACCUCAUGGUCAAAGACAUGGUCAAAACUGGCUUUGUCAUGAACAUCCUGGGUCUGCUCUCAGUCACUCUAGCCAUUAACACAUGGGGCCUAGCCAUGUUUAACCUGGACACGUACCCUGACUGGGCUCGCCCUCUCAAUCAGUCUGCUGUCCACGCAUCAAACUCUACUCUUUGAUCACACAGCUGGAUUCAACACUUAACUGAGACAAAAAAAAUAUGUUGGAGGAAAAGCCUCUAAGUGGUCAGCUGCUACCAUUUUACCAUUUUGUGCAUCAAUUAUGACAUCUGUCCUUCAGGAUUUUCAUGACUCUUUAGUCAUGGAAAAUAACUUUUUCAACGGAUGGUCACACAUAUAUUAGAACUUUUAACAGGCACAGUUUGUUUUUUUUACAAAACAAUGAAUGAAAUAGGAUAUUGUGAACACUGAGAAAUACUAGUUUCAUCCAUCCAUUUUCUGUACCCUUUCUCCUCAUUAGGGUCACGGGCAUGCUGGAGCCUAUCCCAGCUAUCUUCGGGCGAGAGGCAGGUUACACCCUGAACUGGAGGCCAGCCAAUCGCAGGGCAAUACUAGUUUCAGUGUUGUUUAAUUACUGUUCACUUAUUUUAUCAUAUUCUUAAACUGUUCAAUGCAUUGCAAAAACAUUGACUCGCACUACAGUGGACAGCUAUUCGAAAUCUGUUUUUGUCUUUUUGCAUGAGUCUGAUGUCAUAUCAUGUUAAUCACUACAGUGAAUGGUACUAGUGUGUCAUCCCAUUCAUUGCCACCAAUAUUGCCACCAACUGAUAAUCAACUUUGACAUCAAGACUCAUGCAUAUCGUCACUUACUGGUGGAACCCUCGCAUUUCCAAAAUGACUACUUUCAGGAAUUUAAAAACUUUCCAUCUUGCUUGAGUGACCAAACAUCAUUUCGUUGAAGUUGGUGUUACUGUAGACCUUAAAUCGCUAUCAUAUACCAUUGCACACCAUUGCAACACAACACUACCCCAAAGUCAUGUCACUAAUUGUACAGUAUAUGAAAAAAAAAAUGCAUGAAAAACAAAUGAUUGCGGUUCCAUAAUUUUCGCAAACUCUCAAUGGUCCGUGAGUGGAACAAUAAAUAAAACGAUAAGCUGAAAUGAAUCGCUACGCACUUACUUUUGUGGCUGAAGUAUUACAGCAAUCUGUUUUUAACAAAGAAAUCUCACUCAAAUGUACUGUAUCAAACCUACCUACAGUAUUUUCACUCAUUAUUAUCUGUAAAAAAUCUAGACUUUCAAUGUUAAGGCGACAUAAUGCCACACAGCUCCCGCAGAGUGAAGGAAGAGGCGGAGUUUUACAACACUUCUCAGACAGUUCAAGUGUAUCAGAGAGUAAAUAGAUUUGUUCUGAAGCUAUUUCCAACACUUUAAAAUUGUAAAUAAUGCGUAAAAAUAACAGGCGACAUGUGGAAAGACCAAAAAGUAUUGAUUUGUCAAACAAUAUGAAAUUGACCAUCUUUGGACAAGCAAAAUUUCCGCAGAACAGCAAUGAUAUGUAGAAUAGCUGUCCACUGUAGUAGCCACUGUGCAGGAAAUGGCAAUCUUUUUUUUAUUUUAUUUUUUUUAUUAUUAUUUUUUUUUACUUCUGAAGUCCUCCAAGAUGAAAAUGUGCAAAGUAUGGCUAAUUUGCAAAAGCUAGCCUUUUGUUUCCGUGGCUCUCGCGAGCCUUAGAGGGCAGCAUUGAGGGUGGGACCUGUGUGCUGAUCCUAAAGCUAGAACGAUAUCUUCUCACGUGUGGCACGCUCCAACCAAUAAAUGCCUUUAAUACUUUAGUAUAUGUCCCGUCUAAACACUGUCAUUUGGUCCGUUUCGAGAUUUCUGAUCCCUGAAGUAGAAUCCUUUCAAUCAGUGUAUUCGAAGUACAGUAGACGUUUGUCUCGUUUGCAAGACCAGAAUGCCAUAUCUUGUUGCGAGAUUUUGGUGUUAUGUUGUCAGUGGUGUAUCGAAUAAAACAAAAAACAUAUACCUAUAAAAAGCAAAAUCGGAGAAACUGAUCAUUUUGCAGUGGUGUUUUUUUUUUUUUUUCCCAGCUCUGUAAAACUCAACUUUCUCCACCAGCCAUGUUUCUCCCAUAACUGAUGUGCAGUGGUCAUCAUGGUAGAGGGGUCAGCAUCUGUAAUUCUUAAUCCUUGGACUAUUUUAACCAACUUGUUGUUUAUGGGGAAAAUGCAUAAUAUAUAAGAUAUAAACAACAUAUUUUCUGUUGCAUGUCAGGCCUGCUGUUACCAAACCAAAUUGAACUUGCUGUCCUUUGUUGAGAUAGCGUGAGGACCCCCAUGUCUGGUAUGUUAUAAAGUGUCUGGAGUCACACGGCUGACAGCAAUGGUUAACUUGUACAAGGCUGCUGUGGUUACUUAGUGUUAGCGGAGUCGCUGCAAAAAGGUUUUAAAUGCAAAACCUUGAGCCACAGAAGUCAUCUGAUAACUGGAGUAGAAGGAUGAAAAGUGUCAACUGCAUUAAUCAAAACUGAAAUUGUGGUUCAAUCAAUGAAUGUGGAUGCUUUUCAUUGUAAGUGUCUACAUUAUGUUGAAUUAUUUGUUUUUUUAGUCAUUAUUGUUGGCACACAACCGUUCUUAACAAAUGGCUUCUGACUUAUACACUGACUUACAAUUUUUUUCUGAUUCUACAAUUGUUAAAUAUAGUAUAUUUAAAAUACCAUUAUGUCAUUAUCAUUACAUUAAAGUUGAUUUUUGUUUCUUAAGAUCCUCUUGAAGAGAGGUUUAUUUUGUACUGUUUAAUAAACUAGAAU